ACCUAUAUCAUUUCUCACCCGUCGCUUCGUCUCUCCCUCCAUUUUACCAUCUCCCAAUUACCAAAUUCCAGUUUACGAAAUCAUCAGUUGCAGAAACUCGGCUGGAUCUGAACAUGGAGAUUUGUCUUUCGCCAUUCAUUCUCAUUAUGGCGUCUUUGUUCCUUUUCCUGUUGUCGGAGGCCAAAACCAUGGACCCUUAUAAGGUUCUUGGAGUUGAGAGGAAUGCGAGUCAGCGGGAAAUUCAGAAAGCUUUCCACAAGCUUUCUCUUCAGUAUCAUCCAGAUAAGAAUAAGAAAAAAAGCGCACAACAUAAGUUUGAAGAAAUCAAUAACGCAUAUGAAAUUUUAUCAGAUGAAGAGAAGAGAAAAAAUUUUGAUUUGUAUGGCGAUGAAAAAGGUAGCCCUGGCUUUGGCCCUGGCUAUUCAGGGGAUCAAGGUGGUGGACAUACAUUCUUUACAAACGAAGGAAGAAGACAGGAUCAGCAGAACUUCAAGCCACAGUGGCAGGGUACUGGUGGACAAGGAGGUUCACAGUCUUUCUCAUUUUCCUUUGGUGGACCGAGUGGUGGUUCAAAUCCCUUCGGCUUUGGUAUGGAGGAUAUAUUUUCCAAUUUUUUUGGAGGAGGCUUUAAGGAUGAGGGUAAUUUUGGUAGCCACUUUAAGGCCCAAUCUGGAUCUAAGAGUUCCUCAAUCAUCAAGGUCGUUAAUAAACAAGUGUUUAAGCAAGAAGUUGUGGGCCAGGGAGUAACUUGGCUUCUGUUUCCCAUCACGUCAUCUCUGAAGGGAGUUGAUCAUGUUCAAUCAAUUAUAGAGGAUGUUGCCAGUUCGUUGCAGGGAGCUUUAAAGGCUGGAAGGAUAGAUUGUGAAUCAGAAUCCUCUCUCUGCAAAGACCUUGGCAUUUAUCCUCAUCGGACUCCUAGAAUAUUUGUCUAUUCAUACAUAAAAAGCACCGAUGGUUCUUUGGUAGAGUACAGUGGGGACGUUGCUGUGAAGAAUUUGAGAAGUUUUUGUCAAGAGCAUCUUCCAAGGUUCUCACGACGGGUCGAUUUGAGGCAAUUUGACUUCUCUUCCAACAAUGGAGGAAGAUUACCCACUUUAAUGCUUCUGUCAACCAAAAAGGAUACACCUGUUAUCUGGCGGGUCCUUAGUGGGAUGUAUAACAAGCAGUUCCGUUUCUAUGAUGCAGAGGUCACGGAUGUUUCAGAUCCUACAAUAAAGAAGUUAGGAGUCGAUGCCCUUCCAGCUAUAGUGGGUUGGCUAUCAAAUGGGGAGAGGCACAUUCUUAGAACAGGGAUCAAUGUGAAAGAUUUGAGAUCUGCCAUUGAUGAUCUCAGUUAUUUACUUAAUGGUUUCGAGAAAAAGAACAGGAAGGCAGCGUCAAAGCCAGCCUCUAAAACACAAUCUGAUUCUGCACAGAAUCAGAUCCCUCUAUUGACAGAGUCCAACUUUGAUUCUAUCUGUGGGAAGAACACUCCUGUUUGUGUUAUUGGUGCCUUCAAAUCUUCUAAAGCAAGGAAUAAAUUGGAAAUGAUCCUAAACAUGGUGUCUCAGAAGACAUUGUCAAGGCGUCAGAUCUCUGCGCCUGGCUCUAAGGAGUCCAUAUCCUAUUCUCUUGUAGAUGCAGCAAAGCAACCAUCGUUUCUUAAAGCAUUUGACAGUGCUGGAUUUAAACCAUCUGAUCAAAUACUGAUCGCAUACAAACGUCGAAAGGAGAAAUUUGCAGCACAUUUGGGUGAAAUGACAGAAGAAGAGGUAGAAAAAUUUAUCGGCUCAGUACUUAAUGGGGACAUUACAUUCACCAAGACCCGCCAGAAACCUGUCUUGAAGUGAAGGUCUGCCAUCAACAAAUGUACUCAAUUCUUGCGGUCUUAUGUACAUUUUAUGAAUAUAGUUAGAAUGAAGUAAAAGAAAAAAGAGUAUAUAGCUAUUGAGGGUGCCUACAUCAAUGUUUGCCACCUGCAUUUGUGGGCAGAAAAUCUUUUGUGUUAAAAAAAAAAAAAAACAUUAACCCCCGAGUAAAUAAUAUAAUUUAAUAUUUCUUG